AAUAUCAGUUUGAUUGAUCAUCAUAAAAUUGACAGACCAAUAAAACAUUACGAACAGAAUACUAUAUGAAUACCAACCAAGGUUCAUGAAUCCACGUUGACCUACGAACCGAGAUAAUGAUUCCUUUCCUCACCAUCGCCAGUACACUCUUCCUCUCCUCUGUCAUCGCCGCUGAUGAAGCUUUUCCGUCGAUUCCCACUACCUUCCACGUAGCCAUGACCUCCUCUGACGAUCUGAAACCGAUCCGUCGGGAGGUUUAUGGCGAAAGGAAGAUAUUCGACAUAACCCACCGGUACACGCAGGAUAUGCCGGUCUGGGAAUCGACAGAAGGAGUUAAACCGUUCCUGCGUCUAACCACCAGUAUGAAGAACCAAUCCCUCUCUAAUACCUCGGAGAUGAAACUAUCUGUUCACACCGGUACACACCUUGAUGCACCAGGCCACUUUCAUGACAAGUACUACGACGCUGGUUUCGAUUCCGAUUCGCUUGACCUCCAAGUCCUAAACGGCCCUGCCCUGUUGGUUGAUGUUCCAAGGGAUAAGAAUAUCACUGCUGAGGUUAUGAAAUCACUUCAUAUUCCUAAAGGAGUUCGUCGUGUGCUCUUCAGAACAUUGAACACUGAUAGGAGGCUUAUGUUUGAGAAAGAGUUCGAUUCGAGCUUUGCUGGAUUCAUGAUGGAUGGGGCGAAAUGGUUGGUUGAGAAUACAGAUAUCAAACUUAUUGGGCUUGAUUAUCUUUCUUUUGCUGCUUAUGAGGAAGCGCGUGAAACGCACAAGUUUAUACUAGGAGAACGGGAUAUAAUCCAUGUGGAAGCGCUGAAGCUGGAUGGUGUGGAGGUAGGAGUGUACUCGCUUCACUGCUUACCGUUGAGAUUGCCUGGAGCGGAAGGUGCACCAACGAGAUGUAUUCUCAUCAAGUGAUUCAGUUCAUCUCCUUCUCUAUAAGCUGUUCAGUAUACGAAAGUGAUUAUAAGAAAAAAAUAAAUGCUUCUUACUUCCAAGAUCUGGAACAAUAGAGCACAUGUUAUAUGUGUCAAGAAUUGUUAAGUUCAAGAUUCACUUGUAUACUUUUAUAAAUGAGUGUGACAAAACAUGUCUUCGAUUAAUUUUCCAUUAGAGGAUCAUUAUUAUC